CAAACACAACCACAGCACAAAGGGCGAGGGGCAGGUCUGCUGCUACUGCUACAAGUAGUGCUUCUACUGCUACAAGUACUGCCAGUGCACUGCGCACCCGCAUCACAAUAACCAUCCACCACGCGACAUGUUCACACCCGCAGGGGCGAAAAGCCGAGCAGCUGCGCGUCCAGCGCGUAUCAGGUCGCGUCUGAGCGAGGGUGUACCAGCCGCCCUGCCAGUUGUCGGUGGUCCCCCGUCGUACUCAUACGGGUCUCCCAGUGCGCGCAAACCUACCCAGGUCGGUUCGAGAAAUAACAGCGACUCGAUUGCCGGAGCAUUCAACGCAGCUAUCCGCGAGUCAGAGUACUCCGUGCAUCUCCCUUCGAUGGACUUGGACGGUGACGAAAGUGCAGAGCAAGAUACCAGUCAUGAGUAUUCAAGGGCAUCUGCCUCGUCCAAGUCUAUUGCCGUUGAGGACAUUGAAGCGUCAAUUAAUCGGCGUCGCUCUCUGCGCAGCAGCAGUCGGUCAAUCGGCCGUGGCAGUCCCUCAAUUAUCUCGGAGCAAGACUUCGAGGACCGCACAGCAGAGAUAGACACGACCACGCAUGUCUCAUUCGACUACGAGCUAUCUCAGUCAUCCGCUGAGGAGGACUUGGAUGAUGACGCUCUGUUGGGUCAACUCGGCAUGGCCAAGAAGGAGAGCCAAUUCAACAGCGGUCAUGUCGGCGUUGUUCUGGCCGAUGAGGAUAUGGGUGACCUGCAAAGUCAGUCGAUGUCCAGUACAUCAAUUUACGAUCGAGCGAUGCAACACUACACAGAUCUACGAACCAAUGCGCCUAUGUCUAUCAGAAGGCUCAGGCGCAAUUCAGAUUGGAGACAUUUCGCCAUCCUCGGGUGUCUGCUCUUGCUCCCACUCUACUUCAUGCUCCCGGAGUUGCAGCUCAGUCCCUAUCGACGCAAUCCUCUCAGCAUUAGCAACUCUGGUAUUGUGCCGGAGACGCCAUUUGAAUUUGGGCAACGUCUUGUAUCGCUGGAAGCGGCGGUCGUACAGCUGCAAACAGAGUAUGCCCGAUUGGCAGAUCAGGGCACGCAGAAUCGAAAAGACCAAGCGAUCUUACUUUCAAGCUCAAGUUCAUUGGCAACGGGCGUUGGAGAUACUCAAACCAAGCUUCAACAGAUGUCUCAUGAUCUCAAGGCUAUUCAGGCGCGUCUGUUGGAAGAUGAGAGGCGCACAGGAAGGACUGCUGAUACGCUGCAACAACUGCAAGCUGGAGUCUCUUCACUGGAGAAGAAGCUUUCACAACAGCAGCAAGAACUUGCGAAUUACAUACGCUCAGGUGCACACCUCUACAAAGAUGUAGACAGUCUCAAAUUUAACCUGGAAGAGCAGAAAAAGGCCGUUCACUUCCUCAAUCUGCAGCGCGAAGGAGAUUCUAAAAAGCUGCACAAUGAGCUUCUCAAGACCUUCGACUCCAUCUUGCCGGCAAGGCUGCCAGUCUACUUGAAGCCGGGUGGCGACUUGUUCAUUGAUCCGAAAUUUUGGACUCUGCUCCAGGCAGCGCGAACAGCCGACAUCAACCAGACUGCAACGUUCGCUGAGACUUUACUUGCUCACAGAGAUGAGCUGAAGACAUUCAUCAAACAGUCAUUGCAAAGCUUUGCAGAGGACAAUGAUGGCUUGAUCGUAUCAAAACCUCAGUUCUUAAGUCUCCUGACGGAUGAAUUGAAAACUUUCAAAACGAGCCUGGAUACAAGAAUGCAUCAACUAGCUGAGACUGUUGACACGGCGCAUCAGCUCGCUAGCGACGCCUCCUCAAAAUCUGAUCGAGUAAUUUCUGCAUCAUCAGCGCAGCGAAAUGACUCAAAAUCCACGAGCGCUGAAGCGAUUGACUACCUCGUUUCGGAAGCGCUAUUGAAACAUUCAAUAGACGUUAUCGACAAGCCUGACUAUGCGGCAUACAAUGCUGGCGGUCGUGUCAAUCCAUUCCUGACAUCCCCAACAUACAUGCACAGUCCGAGGGCAUUGCUUCAGAGAGUGGUCUCAGGCGUACUCCCUGGCGUAGGAAGCAUUCGGUCGCACCCACCAGCCGUCGCGAUUCAUCCAUCUACAAAGGUCGGCAUGUGUUGGGCGUUUCCCGGUACGCAGGGAUCUCUGGCGAUCAAAUUGAGCCUUCCCAUCACCUUGACUGAUAUUGUCGUGGAGCAUGUUCAUCCUGACAUUGCACAUGACGCAUCGAGUGCACCUCGCACCAUCGAAAUCUGGGCCCAUCUCACGGACAGUGCUGACGACAUCGUUUCAGGCUCGCGCGUCAUGAAAGCUGCACCGGCCAGUGGUUUUGUUCACGUCAUGGAUAUCGAAUACAAUGUUUAUCACGGCACACAGGCUGCGCAAAUUUUCACGGUUCCUCCACGAUUGCGACAGCCUGGCGUUUUCGCAGACCAGGUUCUGUUCAGAGUCAAUUCAAAUUGGGGUAACCCCGACUACACAUGCAUUUAUCGUGUGCGAGCUAUAGGAAUGCCUGGCAAGGUGAAUGCUGCUGGGAGUUUUCGAGACGACGAAUCGCUGUAGUAACUCUGUUCACCUGUGGCGGCAUUUUAGCAUUUGAUGUAGUAAGCUGGCCAAGUCCUUGUCACGUUGUCCACGAACCACCAGUCGAC